AUGAACAUUCCUGGCAUGCAGGAAAUUAACAUAGAAGUUGAUGAGGAGAUGGAUAUAUAUGCCAGUGUAGAUGAUAAAAACAGCCAUGAUGUCUUGGAACGGACAGAAGACACCAAGAGAGACCAAAUUUCUCAACAAAAAGUCAAAAUUUGGUGUCUCCUGAUCCAUACAAACAAUCACCAGUUUCACGUCAACAACCAAAACACCACAGAGGAGAGAGACCAGCUUCUUACAAAUUAUACCAAACUCACAGAAGAUACAGAAAAAUUAUUGGCUAAGAUGAAUUAUUUUUCUAAACUAAGUGAGCAGUUAAAGGAGAAAAUUGAACCGUGGACACUCCUGCAUGAGGGAUGGAUUUAUUAUCAAUUUCAUUUUUACUACAUGUCAUCUGAGCGUAAGAACUGGGCUGAGAGCAGAAGAUACUGUAGGGACAGAGGAGCAGAUCUGAUCAUCAUUAACAACCGAGAGGAACAAGAUUUUGUUAAGAACACCUUUAAUAAAACUGUAUGGAUUGGUCUGUCAGACAGUGAUGAGGAGGGCGAAUGGAAAUGGGUUGAUGGCAGCACACUGACCACUAGCUUCUGGGCAUCAACUGAACCCAACUCUUAUUUGGGCGAUGAAGACUGUGUUGUGACUUAUUUAAAGUGGGCUGAUUAUCCAUCACAAGCACAUUGCAGGCUCUGCGCCACAGCUGUACAGGAGCCAAGCUCUCUAUUGCCCCCCACCACCCCCCUUCUGCCUCCACAGCUAAAAGCCAAUUAUUCUCCACAGAUCCGCAGCACCAUUUCCACCGUCAUUCUCUUAUGA